UCAACCGCACUAAUGAAAUUUUUUAGGAAGCCCUCCAUAAGACCCUAGCCCUGUUGCAUUUUCCCUAUUUUUUUGUUCAGUAUUUUACCUUUCUGUUGUGUGUUUUGCUUCCUCCGAUUGGAUGUCCUAUUGUUGAGCUUUAUUGCAAAAAUUGAGGGGAACUGGCCUUCACAGGGCAAUGGGAAGGGCUGGAUAUGGAUGGGCGGGCGCAGCAGGAACAUGUGCUGCAUUUGCUGCAGUAUUUGCCAAGGCCGCUUCGAUUUCAUCCCAGAUCGAUUGGAGAUUACAGUUGUUGGGAUAUGUUGGGGUGAUUUUACUCAAUGUAGCAAUGUGGAGCUGCUAUGUCAACAGUCUCAAGGCUUUAACUUCAUUGCAAGCGACAGUUAUCAACUUCUCUACUAAUUUUUUGGUCUCUGGAUUGACAGGAUUCUUUUUCUUUAAGGAAUCCUUGCAUUUACAGUGGUUUGCAGGCGCUUUUUUAAUUGUUCUGGGGACUUUCAUCCUUAGCAAAUCCAGCAUUUUGCCGGAGCUUGUUUCUCAGGCUGCAAAGAUGCAGCAUUCUCCAAUGUAUCACGAAUGCAAUGGCUGAAUUGAGCACUUCUGUGAAUCAAAGCAGACCAGACAACCUCUGGAAACUUGUGAAAAGAAUGAAAUGCGAAACCAAAUUUCCAAAGAUGCACUUGACAAAAUGUUCAUAUAUUUUCAACAAUGAGAUUGUGUGUGAUUGUGAGUUUUCUGUAGCUAUCUGAGAAUCUACUGCCUAGGAAGAGCAAUAUGUUUAGCCUGACUGAAAAGCACAAGAACUGCUAAGGUAUUGUAAAUAAGUGAUCCUCUGGGAGUAAUAUUUAUUUUGUAUUGAAAUAAGUUGCAAAUAUAUCUUUACCAUAACUACAAACAAGGACUGGCCGAUUGUGUAAUUUUUAUAAAAUAAGUGGAUAAAAUUUUCAAACCCCAACAAAUGAAAGAAAAGAGCAUGGCAAUUUUAUUUUGAAAUAUAAUAUAUUUAUGAAUUAUUUAUUAAA